AGGCUUACCCUCUCUAGAUCCAUCCAACAGCUCUACAACUUCUUCUUCAGGUCCUUUGACAGGCUUUUCAGCAAACAUACAAGGAGCACGGGUUUACCUUCAAGGGCCAGCGCCUGUUGGGACUCCCAGCUUUAACAGACAGCAUUUUUCACCACAUCCUUGGACAAGCGCAACAAAUUCAUCAGGUGAAUCUCCUAUUCCAUCAGUUUCCUCAGGAUCAUCUUCACCCCUUUCAGCUGCUUCUGCACCUUCUAACCUGGGCCAGCCAAAAACGGGUAACGCCAAUCAAGAUCGAAAGGUACCCCCUCCCAUCGGAACAGAAAGGCUUGCGAGAAUUCGACAGGGAGGAUCUGUCACUCCUACACCCUUAGGAACCAAUUUCACAGCUCCUGUCGGUCAUAGCGGUAUUUGGUCCUUUGGAGUUAACAGUGUAUCUGAAGGUUUGUCAGGUUGGUCUCAGCCUGUCAUGGGAAAUCAUCCGAUGCAUCAGCAGCUGUCGGACCCGGGCACGUUUUCUCAGCAUCAGCCAAUGGAGAGAGAUGAUUCUGGAAUAGUAGCUCCCUCGAAUAUUUUCCACCAACCUAUGCCAAAUAGUUUUGUGGAUUUUUCUAAAGGCCUACCGAUUUCCAUGUAUGGUGGCACUCUAAUACCCUCACACCCUCAGCUAGCGGAUGGCCCAGGAGGCCCCCUCUUUAACGGGCUCCAUACUCCAGAUCCUGCCUGGAAUCCCAUGAUCAAAGUUGUCCAGAACUCAACAGAAUGUACUGAUGCUCAGCAGAUUUGGCCUGGCACCUGGGCACCUCACAUUGGAAACAUGCAUCUCAAGUACCCGCAUCAUCUACGACCGCAAGUUCCUGCUGGAGUGCAAGAAUUCACCCGUGGCCAGGACCCCUCCCUGCUGCCUGCCCCAGAUCCCCGGUGUCACAUCCCUGGCCCAGUCCAGCCUCGUCAAGCUGGAGGAGCUCAAGGAGCGGAAUGAGAGUGAAGAAGCCAUGCCAGAUCAAGACCAGUUUGAGAUGGACAUCUAAGUUUCCAGCUCCCCGUCUCCAGGCCAUGGCUGGGCCUGUUCCUGGGCCUCGUGGAGGUGCUGGCACCGUGACCAGCUGGCUGCAGCCCUCUCUGAUGCUGGGGAUGGAUGUGUGACACCUCAGGCUCUAGCACAACUGGCUGGUGCAAUUGCCUAGGAGCUCAUGCUUGAUCAAUAAACACCAUGAAACCCCUGUG